CUGAAAAUGGCGGAUGGAAGCGGACUCCUUUAACUUUAUCGCACAAUAACAAGCAUACUAAGUGAGCACGGCAAGAUUACACAGAAUGAGUUUUCAGUUCAACUAGGAUAACCUGUUUUCUUCGCAUUAACAAACCUCUCCAGUACUACACAGAAGCUGAACGAUAGGCAAUGGAGGAGUCCAAGUCCCGUUACAGCAAGCGCCUGCGAACAGGAACACGGCGGCGUUACCAAGACGAUGGAAUCUCAGAUGAUGAGAUUGAGGGGAAGAGGACUUUUGACUUGGAAGAAAAAAUUAAAAGCAAACAAUUUGAUUCGAACCUGGUCAAAAUUAUGGAUGGAAAAGACUUCACUUUUGAGUACAUCCAGCGUGAGGGGCUUCGAGACCCCAUCAUCUUUCCUAAGUCAGAUGGUCUUGGCCUUCAGAUGCCCGAUCCAGACUUCAGUGUGAGUGAUGUGAAACUGUUUGUAGGCAGUCGACGAGUGAUUGACGUAAUGGAUGUAACCACUCAGAAGGGCAUAGAGAUGUCAAUGGGGCAGUGGAGGCGGUACUAUGAAACCCCGGCCUCUGAAAGGGAAAAGCUCUAUAACGUUAUCAGUCUCGAGUUCAGUCAUACCAAACUAGAGCAUCUUGUCAAAAGACCUAACGCAGUUGAUGUGGUUGACUGGGUAGACAACAUGUGGCCACGGCACUUGAAGGAGAGACAGAGAGACUCUACUAAUGCCAUCAUAGACAUGCAAUACCCAAAAGUACAGAAGUAUUGUCUUAUGAGUGUAAAGGGCUGCUUCACAGACUUCCACAUAGACUUUGGCGGCACAUCAGUAUGGUACCACGUCCUUAGAGGGGGCAAGAUGUUCUGGCUGAUCCCGCCCACACCACAAAACCUGGAGCUCUAUGAGAACUGGGUGCUGUCAGGGAAACAGGGUGACAUCUUCCUCGGAGACAAAGCCAAUUCCUGUCAGCGGAUUGAACUAAAACAGGGCUACACCUUCUUGAUCCCUUCAGGCUGGAUCCAUGCUGUGUACACUCCUGAGGAUACUCUGGUGUUUGGUGGCAAUUUUCUGCACAGUUUCAACAUUCCAAUGCAGCUGAACAUCUACAACAUUGAGGACCGCACACGGGUCCCAUCUAAGUUCCGCUACCCCUUCUACUAUGAGAUGUGCUGGUAUGUGUUGGAACGGUACCUUUACUGUUUGACGAACAUCUCUCAUCUAACGCCAGAGUUUCAGAAACACUCACUGGGUAUCGGGUUAAAGGAGGACGACAUCACCAAACCAGACAAACUCAACGGCCACACACGAAAUGGACAGACAGCAGAGGAUGAUGAAAUGGAGGAGGAGGAAGAGGAGGAGGUUAAGCAGGGAGUUGACGAUGAGGAGUCCAUACCAUCCCCCCCAGCACGGCCGGGGGUGAAGGUCCAUCUCACGCCGUUUGAGCUUGAGGGCCUCUGGCAGCUGCUGCACAAACUUGAGGAGCUGCCGGCUCAUAAGAAGUGCGUCCCCGUGGGCAUCAGAAACGCUCCUGCCCUCCUUAAUGACAUACGGGCCUUGCUAAAGGAGCAUGCCAACGAUGAUCCCAAACAGUCUUACACUGGAAAACCCAUUGUCAUGUGGCCCAAAAGGCCCUCGUGGUACAGCCCACCCCCCGCCCCCCUCUCUCUGCUGUACCGUCCGCGGCCGCCGGGAUCAAGCCCCAUUCUCCCGCCCGUGCCACGGCCUGUAAAGCCUCCGUCCUCACUCAUGCGGCUGCGGCGGCGGCGGGUACGCUGCAAGCGCUGUGAGGCCUGCCUGCGCUCCGAGUGCGGAGACUGCACCUACUGCAGGGACAUGAAGAAGUUCGGCGGGCCAGGCCGCCUCAAGAAGACCUGCGUCCUCAGACAGUGUCUGGCUCCCGGCCUGCCCCUCUCCGCUGUUUGUGCCAUAUGUAAGGAGGGCAGCCAGGAGGCAGAAGGCUCCCAGGCCACCCAGGCUCUGAUGGAGUGCUCCGAAUGCGCACAGAUCACACACCCGGAAUGUAUAAAGAUGCCAGGGGAUGGUGUGAUCAACAAGGACCUGCCCAGUUGCUGGGAAUGUCCCAAAUGUGUCCAUCAUAAGAACACAGAGUCUUCCAGCAGCAGUUCAGCAGAAGAGGGUGACGGUGCCACGAUGACGGGCUUGCCGUCCUCAGGCCCACCGGCUAAGCGGGCGUACAGGGAGGGCAUCGGGGUGGGCGGGCUGCGCUUGGGACGCAGAGGUCGGCCGGCCCUCUCACUCUCCUUGCCCCUGACCCGCUCGCGGCGCCAGCCCCCACCCUCGCAGAGGAUCCUUCUGCAGCACCAACAGAGCCGCAAGAGAGCUGGGGCAUUGGAGCUACAGCACCGAAGGAGGGUGAAAUUAGAACGGAACAAAAUCCUCCAUUCGACUCGUUCAUCUGUCUCUCUUUCUCCAAAGCUCCUGCGUCAGCGGAGUUUGGAGAGAGGUGGCGUGAUCGGGGCAGGACUUGGCAGGGGAUCAUCCCGCGGGAGAGGGGCAAUGUCCUGUCGGGGACGAGGCGUGAGGCUCCGAGGUGGAGGACGAGGUGGCGCUCUGAGAGGAAGGCGCGAGAGAGAUGAAGACAGGGAUGAUAGUGAAGAGGAGGGAGAUGGGCGUGACAAAGAGGAGAGGAGGGAGAAUGGCCGGGGAGGCAAAGAGAACCGACCGCACAGGCACGGAGGGCGGCCAAAGGAAGAGGAGAACAGAGACGGGCAGCAGAACGGAGAGCAUGAGCGGGAGAGAGACGAGGAUGGAGAGCAGGCUCAGCCAGACACUUCUGUGGUGCUCAGCGACGAGACUCUGGUUCAGAGGUCGUGUGUUACUGUGACCUUGCAGCCUACAAGGGGCAGGCGGGACCCCAGCACCAUCGUACCUAAGCUAGAGGCCAACGUGUCAUCAAGAAGCCUCCCCCGAAGCCACGGUGAAAUGCAGGGCAAGUCUUUGCUCCGCCCCCCGCUCCGGAAUGGGGCCCGCCGCACAGACAGGGCUCACCCCCAUACAGAGCACCCACACACACCUAUGGCCACACCGCGGCCAUACAGUGGCAGCCCGCACCUCCAGUCCCACACUCUGACAAGGAGCACCUCCAAACACUCCCAGAUGAGCCGCAGCCUAAGAUGUAAUUCCAGAGAGUCUCACCAUGGCGCCAGGGGUGGGAAGAGGCCACGGCCGGAGAAGGGGAGGCCCCCUGCCUCCUCAACCAGCCCUGCCUCACAUGCGUCACCAGAGUUGAACGGGGCCAGCGAGCCUGGCUGGGAAAGAGUGGUGUGGGUAUCUGUCUUCCGUUACCUGACUCGAGUCGAACUGUGCAUCUGUAUGGCCGUCUGUAAGAGCUGGUACAAAUGGGGGUGUGAUAAGCGGUUGUGGACGCGGAUCAGUUUGAGCCGUUGCCAGUCUAUCAGUCCACAGGCCCUUUCUGGCAUCAUCAAACGCCAGCCAGUCACACUGGAUCUGUCCUGGACCAACAUAUCCAAGAAGCAGCUCACCUGGCUUAUCAACCGAUUGCCAGGGCUGAAAGAUCUGGUGUUGUCAGGUUGUACCUGGGCAUCAGUCUCUGCUCUAAGCUCUCCCAGCUGUCCUUUACUGCGCUCAUUAGAUCUGCGCUGGGCAGAUGGGGUCAAAGACACCCAGAUCCGCGAACUGCUCAACCCACCAGGCAGUAAUAACCGGUCCCAGCUGCGCAACAUGCAGUGUCUGAGGCUGUGUGGUCUGGAGGUGACUGAGGCCACCCUGAGGCUUAUCAUCAGGCACAUGCCCCAGCUGACAAGGCUGGAGCUCUCACACUGCCCUCUGACCGAUAACGCCCUCAACCUCCUCACUGCCGUGGGCUCCUCCACACGCAACACACUCACACAUCUCAACCUGGCAGGUUGCAGUCGGUUGACGGACGGCUGUCUCAGCUACCUGCAGCGGUUGUCCUGUUUGUCUGUUUUGGACCUUCGCAGCUGCAAAGGAGUCUCUCGGCAGGCCUGCGAGAACUUCAUCUCAGAGCUGUCUGUCAACACCCUCUACUGCCUAUCAGAUGACAAGCUCAUCCAGAGGAUAUCAUAGAGCUUCCCUUCGCUGGGAGAUGCAGAGGGGUGUGGUUGUGUGGGUGUGAAUGCAGCAUGUCUGUUAGAAUGUAUGUGUGCUUACAUAUGUAUAAGAAAGUUGGUGAGGGUUCUCUGUUUGACAGAGGAAGUCUUUCAUGUAUAGAACAUUUAGAGUGGAGGAGCUCAAAGCAUCCAUGGUGGGGCAUAUUUGUAAAUACAACUCAGCAAUGGGUAACCCUUAUUUGUACUUAACUAUUUCCCUUUGUUCCAUGGACACACAAGUACUGCAAUUGGCAAUCAGAUCGAUUCUCAGGCCUGUAAUGCCAUGGGCUCUUCCAAUAGGAGAUUAAACAGGUGCUAUUCCUCAACAGCCUCUUUUCUAUUCCAGGGCAGGCCUGUUGCUUGCAUGCCUCUCCUGAAACCAUCCCCUUCUUUUUGACUCUCUAACUUUUUUUGUCUCCGUUUCUGAAAUACUUCUUAGCAGCAUUAAGGUGUUUCAAUUUGUUUCACUCCUCUUUCUCCACUUUAUUUUUCAAGAGGAAUACCUUUCUGUUCUUGAUUCCUGUCCUUCAAAAGAGUAUAGAUAUAUAUAAAAAAUUUAUAUAUAUAUACACGCCCUUGUGUAAAUGUAUUCCUCUCCUGUAGUAAACCAGAAAAAAAUCUGUAGCAUUAUAAUUAUUUUCAGAGGCUUGUUUUUCACUUUUUUGUGUUUUGUUUUGUUUUUCAAA